AAUAAAACAAUUUUUUUCUAUCAUUCUUCUUUUUAUUUUUUUAAUCAAAUGAAUCCACAGCAAGAAAUUGAUCAUUUAAAUGGUGUAGAUACUCUCUUUCUAAAGGCAGAACAUUCACGUCGGUUAAUGACUGUCACUUCAUUAUGGACAUUUAAGACUCGAUUAGAUUCGAAUCUUGUCUAUGAAGCAUUAGAAAAACUAUGCGAAUCCUAUCCUCGAUUCUCUAGAGUCCCUAGAAAUGAAGGCUUUUUUAAGCCUGCCAAUUGGACUGUACCCGUAGGCUGGAAGCCACAGGAUAACGUGCUUUUACAUAUAUUGGAUCCAACCACAACCACACUCGAGAAAUAUUGUGCAGAACAGGUAGUCGUGCCUUUUGAUUAUACAAAACCACUUUGGGAAUUACAUGCCAUUUCAGGAUUUGAUGGAGAUCGCUGUGCAUUCUUUUGGAAAGCACAUCAUUCAUUAGCUGAUGGUGAAGGAUUUAUCCGCAGUUUAUUGAGCACAACUUCCCUUGGUUCAACAUUAAAGAAAUUGGAGGAGCAAUCAAUCGUCAAUCACAAGAGAAACAACAAGAAUACAAAAUCGUUUCUGCCGCGACAUAUUCAGCAAUUGCUUCCUUCUUUUGUUAUACAAUUGCUUUCGUUGUUAUGGGUCUCAAUAUGGCAAAUUUAUCUGCUUUGCUUAGCAGUGAGUCAUGACUUGUAUUCAUCGCUUAUCUCUGUAAUACCUUUUGUGACCCGCAAGGAUCUGUAUUAUGAAGGUCUUCAAUCACAUGAGAAGGAAAUGGCAUGGUCAGAAGAUAUUAGUAUCAAAGAUAUCAAGUUAGUGCGCCAGGCCUUUGGCGGAACUUUAAACGAUGUAAUGCUGGCAGUCAUCACACGAUGUGUCAAACACUAUCUGGAAGAAGUAGUUGGUAAAAGACAAGACGAGUACAUCAAAUUCAUCAUUCCUGUUUCACUUCGCCAACCCAGUGAUUGGAGAUUCUGCAAUGUGGUGAGUGGUGCCUGGGGAUUUUUUUCCAUGAAAGAUUUAUGUACAAAGCAACUGGUACAGCAAGUCAGAACACAAAUGUUGGCUAUCAAAUCAUCCUGUGGUCCUUGGAUGCUCUACAAGUACUUUGAACGAGUGCUCGGUAAGGCACCGGGCUUAUCACCCCCACUCUUUAUCUAUGAUCACUUUUGUGACAUUCCUCAUGGCGUGUUUACUAAUGUACCUGGACCUACUGUUCCUAUUUCAUUUGCAGGAGGUGAAAUACAAGAAUACCGCACUUUCCCACCUCAAAGUGGUAAAGGAUCGAUUGGGAUUGCACUGAUAUCUUAUUGUGGUAAAGUCAGUAUUGGUGCUAUUGCUGAUGUACAUCGUACUUAUCCAGGUGUAGCUGAGCAUAUCUGUGAUAGUUUUGCUCAAGAGUUUAAUUUUAUUCUUGAGGAAGCAAAAAUGGAAUUAUCAAAAAAGUAAAAUUUAAUAAACUUUUAGGCUUGG